AAAAAAAAAAAAAAAAUCCCGGAGGCUCAGGUGCACUUUAGAUUUGGCUCCACCAUAACCCACCACCACAGGGAGGAAGGCAUUGCUGCUGGAGGUGUAAUGGACAUUAAUACUGCUUUACAAGAGGUGCUGGAGACCACCCUCAUCCACGGUGGCCUAGCACGUGGAAUUCGCGAAGCUGUCAAAGCCUUAGACAGGCAUCAAGCCCGUCUUUGUCUGCUUGCAUCCAACUGGGAUGAGCCUCUCUCUGUAUGUCAAGUUGGUGGGGAGGCCCUUUGUGCUGAACACCAAAUCAACCUCAUUAAGGUUGAUGACGACAGGAAACUGGGGGAAUGGGUCGGCCUCUGUAAAAUUAACAGGGAGGGAAAAUCCUAUAAAGUGGUUGGUUGCAGUUGUGUAGUGGUUAAGACUAUCUGUGGCAGAGAGUCUCAGGCCAAGGAUGUCAUUGAGGAAUACUUCAAAUGCAAGAAUUGAACAAAUAAAAAUCUUGGUUCUUGUUCCUUAAAAAAAAAAAAAAAAUCCCUAAAACUACAAUCUAAAUUAAAUGAGCUCAGAAUAAGAUGCCAGUAACAUACCUUUUUCAGGAUAAAGUGGAAAUAAGUACAUGAAAAAAUGAUCUCAUACUGAAAUAGAAUUUGAAAGUUAACUCCGUACUAACUUUUGAAGUUAUAAAAAUUAGAAUCUUUCUUAUAUGAUGGUAAGCAAGAAAAUUCAAUGUUAGAAGUUAUGUUUUAAGAAGUGCUGUUUAUUUGGGAAUAUACUACAAUAAUGCUAAUUAAGUGUAGCCGUAUAUAACAGUCAAAAAAUACAUAUUAUCAGCUUUAUUUUCAACCUUCAUUGGGAAUUCUUUGGCUAGCAAUUUUAAAGGGCGCUUUAAAUUAUAAUUGAAAAUGACUUCUUCAAAUUAGUUUUGUACUCUAAAAGAGGCUUCAUAUUCAGUAAACUGUUCAGUGCUAAUAUUUUAUAAUCUUUUUUAAUC